GUCUCCCACCUUCGCCUCACCGCCUCCCUCUCCGCCCGCCGCCGCCCGAGCUGGGGGGGAGACGCGAAACCCCACUGCGAUGGAGCCCGCUGCCGCGGCCCCGGCGCAGCGACUCCCCGACCCCAGCCGGGAGGACCGGGCUCCGGCUCCGGCUGCGGCGGCGGCGGCGGCGGCGGCUCUGGCGGCGGCGGCCGGGGGCGGCCGGAGCCCGGAGCCCGCGCUGACCGCGGCGCCCGCGAGCGGCGGGAACGGCGGCGGGGCGCGGGCAGAGGCCCCCCGCGAGGCGCCGGCGGGCCGGGCCGGGGGGACGGGGCGCCGGCGGCGGCGCGGGGCUCCUCAGCCCCCCGCCGGCGGGAUCGCCCCGGUGUCCGGGGCCGGCGGCGGCGCCAACUCGCUGCUGCUGAGGAGAGGGAGGCUGAAGAGGAAUCUGUCCGCGGCCGCCGCCGCCGCCUCGUCGUCGUCGUCGUCGUCGUCGUCCUCCUCGUCCUCAGCCGGGCCCGCCUCGCAGCCCCCGGGCGCCGCCGGCCUCCCCGUCUCCUGCUCGGCCUCGGCGGCGUUGUGCACCCGGAGCCUGGACCGGAAGACUCUGCUCCUCAAGCACCGGCAGACGUUGCCGCUGCAGCCGUCGGACCGGGACUGGGUGAGGCACCAGCUCCGGCGAGGCUGCGUGCACGUCUUCGACCGCCACCUGGCCUCCAGCUACCUGCGCCCGGUGCUCUGCACGCUGGACACCACGGCGGGCGAGGUGGCCGCGCGCCUCCUGCAGCUGGGCCCCAAAGGCGGCGGGGUGGUGAAGGUGCCGGGCCGGGCGCCGGGCGCCGCUGCCGACGGCGCCCCGGCGGAGCUGCCCCCCGACGCCGGCUCGCGGCUCGCGCCGCCGGACUCGCCGUCCGUCGGGAUCGCCGCCCCGGGGCCCGCCGGGGGUCCGCCGCGCGCCCCUCCCGGCGACCUGCCGCUGCCCGCGGGCGGAUGGCCGCGCCGCGCCUCCCGCGCCAGCCCCGCGCCCUCGGACUCCAGCCCCGGCGAGACGUUCCCGGGAGGCCCGGCUUCCCCGCCCGGAGCCCCGCGGCGUCUGGACGGUGCGCCCGCGGGCCCGGCCUCCGACACCGAGAGCUUCAGCCUGAGCCCCAGUGCCGAGAGCGUGUCCGAUCGCCUCGACCCCUACAGCAGCGGCGGCGGCGGCGGCGGCGGCGGCGGCUCCUCGUCGUCGGAAGAGCUGGAGGCAGACCCGAGCCAGCCCCGUCGCCCGGGUCUCCCCGUGCAGCCCCCGCCGCCUUCCCAGACGGCCGCCCCACCUCCACCGCCGCAGAAAGCCCCCGACGGGGCAGCCCGCGAGGGAUCUCGGGGGGACACGGCGGUGGCGGCCCCAGGAAGCCCCCUCUCCCCCACCGGGAGGAGCGGGGAGAGGAUGGCGGAGAAGGCGCCUCCACCGCCCACCCUGUACGUGCAGCUCCACGGGGAGACCACCCGGCGCCUGGAGGCGGACGAGAAGCCCCUGCAGAUCCAAAAUGACUACCUCUUCCAACUGGGAUUUGGGGAACUAUGGAGGGUGCAGGAAGAAGGCCUGGACUCGGAGGUCGGCUGUCUCAUCCGCUUCUAUGCAGGAAAGCCUCACAGCACUGGUAGUUCUGAACGUAUUCAGCUCUCAGGAAUGUACAAUGUUCGCAAAGGCAAAAUGCAGUUACCAGUGAACCGGUGGACACGACGCCAAGUUAUCCUGUGUGGAACCUGCUUGAUCGUAUCAUCUGUGAAAGACAGUCUGACUGGAAAGAUGCAUGUUCUGCCAUUAAUUGGUGGAAAAGUAGAAGAAGUGAAGAAGCACCAGCACUGUUUAGCAUUUAGCUCCUCUGGACCUCAAAGCCAGACAUACUACAUUUGCUUUGAUACUUUCACUGAGUAUUUAAGGUGGCUGAGACAAGUCUCCAAGGUUGCAUCCCAGCGUAUAAGCUCAGUGGAUCUUUCAUGUUGUAGCCUGGAACAUCUGCCUGCCAAUCUCUUCUAUAGCCAAGACCUCACUCAUCUCAAUUUAAAACAAAACUUUCUAAGGCAAAAUCCCAGCCUCCCAGCUGCCAGAGGUCUAGGUGAACUGCAAAGGUUCACCAAGUUGAAGAGUCUUAACCUUUCCAAUAAUCACCUAGGGAACUUCCCAUUAGCAGUCUGCAGUAUUCCAACACUGGCAGAGCUGAAUGUAUCUUGCAAUGCCCUUCGAACAGUCCCAGCAGCGGUUGGAGCUAUGCACAACUUGCAGACUUUUUUGUUGGAUGGAAACUUUCUCCAGUCCCUUCCUGCUGAGUUGGAGAACAUGCACCAGCUCAGUUAUCUUGGUCUUUCAUUCAAUGAGUUCACUGACAUUCCAGAGGUACUGGAGAAAUUGACUGCUGUGGAUAAACUUUGUAUGUCUGGAAACUGUAUGGAGACCCUUAGGCUACAGUCUUUAAGAAGAAUGCCUCAUAUUAAACAUGUGGAUCUAAGACUGAACAUAAUUAAGAAGCUUGUAUCAGACGAAGUAGAGUUUCUGCAACAUGUUACUCAGCUGGACCUACGAGACAAUAAACUUGGUGAUCUAGAUGCUGUGAUUUUCAACAACAUCGAAGUUCUGCACUGUGAAAGGAAUCAAUUGGUGACAUUAAACAUUUGUGGCUAUUUCCUAAAAGCACUCUAUGCCUCCUCUAAUGAACUUGUUCAACUCGAUGUUUACCCAGUUCCAAAUUAUCUUUCUUACAUGGAUGUUUCAAGGAACCACUUAGAAAAUGUGCCUGAGUGGGUAUGUGAAAGCCGAAAGUUAGAAGUUCUGGAUAUUGGCCAUAAUCAAAUAUGUGAACUUCCUGCCCG